AUGAUGUUGCCCAACUCUUCAGCUUAUCCUGCCGUCGGCUCCAUGGAGCUUUCACCAGACAGGCAUGCCCUCUACAUCCGAGCCAUGGAGGACCCUUCCGCCCUCAGUUUCAACGAGAAACGCCAGGUCAUGGUCCGCGCACCAAUCAAAGACGAAGACAACGAAGAGUCCGUCAAGCUUUUCGGCCGAAGCAUCCAGAAACUCAUCCAAAAAGCCCAUGACGCCCCUUAUGAGCUCACGCUGGAGGAAUGCGAAUUCAUCGAGAAAACGAUGAAAACGCCGCCCCGCAAUGCAUUCGACAGAUUGACGCCUGAGCAUGAGAAACUGGAGGAAGACGCCCGGGGCAAAGUCAAAGAAACAGUGGACCAGCAAGAGAGUUUAACCGAGUUUCUCGGCGUCAUGAUGGCUACCAACCGCGCCAACUAG